AUGCCUACCUACACUUUCCCCUCCUCUACACAAAGCUCAACUUUAUCUAUAGUUGGUUCAUCGAGUGAAGCAAGCUCCUCAGGGAUAAUAAGUUCAUCAAGUGAAAUGAUGUCUUCCAGCGCCAUAACCUCCUCUGAUAAUCCAGAAACAUCAUCUGUGAUCAGCUCCUUACCUGAUUACACCACUACUAUCACUUCUGGCUCUUCCACUGUCACCGCAGUUGUUUCCGAAUACACUACGACUGACUCUGCUGGUAGUAUGUACACUGCUACCUCAACCCCUCCUGUCAACAUGGAGCCUGCAUAUGGCAGUAGUACGAUCGGUGGUAGAUUGAGCACUAGUAUCAACACUAUGCCAAAUUUGAGUGGUUCCUCGAUAUCUUUACCGGCAACGACUAGUACUAGAGCGAUUGGUGGAGAUGUUCUAGAAGCACUAAAUUCUGCGUCUGCUUCUCCUUCUACUGCCUUACAAUCUGGAAAUCCUGUUGAGACUUCGACUGGCUUGCAAUUUGCAACUAGCGCUAGUGUUAUUGGCUAUGAAGCUGGUUCCGCGUCUGUGAGCAUAAAGGGCUCAGUAAAGCUUUUGUUCAGCUCUUUAAUGAUUUUAACCAUUGUAUUCUAA